CCAACUGUCACUAAACCCUGAGAAAUCUUCACCCGCAAAAGCAUGUGGUCCCUCGGCAAAUUCCGCUUCGGCGCGGCCGCCCUGCUCCGCCCGGCCUUGUCGGUCCCACCAACCUGCCGCCUCCAGCACACCAUCCCCCCGGAGCUGGAGAAGGUCGCCCAGGAGAAGGACCCCAAGUUCUCGGAGAUGGUGCAGUACUUUUUCCACAAGGCGUGCGUCAAGCUGGAACCGAGGCUGGUCGAGUACCUGAAGAAGAACCCCCGCUGGACGGAAGAGGACCGCAAGAAGCGCGUCCAAGCGAUCAUCGACAUUGUGGCGAGCGUGGCCAGCACGGUGGAGAUUCGGUUUCCGGUGAUGCGCGAGAGUGGCCACUACGAGGUGCUGACCGGGUACCGGUCGCACCACUGCGUGCACCGACUUCCGGUGAAGGGCGGGAUACGGUUCUCGAUGGACGUUUCGCGGGACGAGGUGAUGGCGCUGGGUGCGUUGAUGACGUACAAGUGUGCGUGCGUGCACGUGCCGUUUGGAGGGGCGAAGGGCGGGAUUAAGCUGGAUCCGGGCGCGUACACCACGAAGGAGCUGCAAGCGAUUACGAGGCGGUACACGAUCGAGCUGGCCAAGAAGAACUUUAUCGGGCCGGGGAUUGACGUUCCGGCGCCGGACAUGGGAACGAGCGAUCGGGAGAUGUCGUGGAUUGCGGACCAGUACGGGAAGACGAUUGGACAUAGAGAUAUCAACGCGUUGGCCACGGUUACCGGGAAGCCGCUGCAUCAGGGAGGAAUUCGUGGCAGGACGGAGGCCACCGGAAGGGGCGUGUUUAUUGCGACGAAUGUGUUUGUUCGGGAUCCGGAGUGGAUGAAGGUGAUUGGGUUGGAACCGGGGAUGGAGGGGAAGACGGUGAUCGUGCAGGGCUUUGGGAACGUGGGAAUGCACGCGGCGCACUUCUUCAACAAGGCCGGCUGUAAGGUGAUUGGCGUUCAGGAAGUGGACGUUUCGUUGAUGAACGAGGAGGGAAUCGACGUUGACGAGUUGGCGCAGUACAAGUUCGAGCACAAGUCAAUCAAGGGAUUCCCGAAGGCGAGCGAAGCGACGACAAAUCUGAUGGAACAUCCGUGCGACAUCCUGAUUCCAGCGGCAACCGAGAAAUCAAUUACUUCAGAUAACGCCGCUAACAUCAAGGCCAAGAUCAUCGCGGAAGGCGCCAACGGACCAACGACUCCCGCAGCCGACAAGAUCCUGCAGGGCAACAAAGUCCUCGUUAUCCCUGACCUGUACUGCAACGCCGGAGGCGUAACCGCGUCCUACUUUGAAUACCUCAAGAACCUGAACCACAUCUCGUUCGGCAAGCUUUCGUUCCGUCAAGAAGCGGAAAAUCUACGUCAAAUUCUCAAAUCUGUCCAGGACUCGCUGCGGGAUGCCGGCGUUUGCGUCGAGGUCAAGCCAACGGAGGAGUUGCGUCACUAUCUGGACAAUGCGAGCGAAGCGGAUGUGGUAGCCUCGGGACUCAAGUACGUGCUGGAGACGGCCGGUUUGGGAAUUAUGACGAUUGCGAACCAGCAUCAACUCUGUCUGGACCUGCGAACCGCCGCGUACAUUUGGUCUGUGGAGAAGAUCUUCAAGACGUACGAAGGAGCUGGAUUGUCCAUGUAAUCGCUGUC